AUGAAGAGUUUAAUAUUAUUAUUAAUUUCAAUUUUAUGCAUUCUUGGUGUUGCAUCAUCUCAAAGAAUCGUCAAUACACAUAAACCAUCAACAUCAGUUAAAUUUUCACCAGUAGCAAUAUUUGUACCAUCAGAUUGCAAAUAUGGUUGUGAUUACUUUGAUAAGGAAAAUUGGUUAGGAGCAGAGCUUCCAGAGUCUGGACAAACAAUUUAUAUUGAUUACUCCAAUACUGAAUUCCAAGGUCAACAAUAUAUCUAUGCCAAAUCACAAAUCUAUGGUUUAACUCUUAACCUUACAUCAUCUCUAAAGACCAACUCGAUUGUAUUCCAAUUGUCGGUAUCAUCAAAGAUUGGUGCUCUCUUUUCAAUUGGUUCGGAUAUUGAAUUGUACCCAAACACUGUCUUGGUAGCCAAUGAUUACGUCUGGUUUGACCAUGGUCAAUUAAAUAUUGACAGUAAUGCUGAAUUGAUUAGUUUUGGUAACACAAUUUUUGGUCCAGAUACUACUAUCUUCCUCAAUAGUACUGCUGCCCUAUCAACCCAUGCUCAAGCCGAGAUAUUUGGUAAUGUAGUCGGUCCCCACGGCAUGCUAGAAUUCUUUGGUAACACUUCAUUGGUUAGUUCUAGUUUCCAAGUUGGUGUCCUUACUUUUAACGAUACCUUGCAAAUUGCCCAAAAGUCAAUUGGUAACAUCGCCAUCUUACAGUCUGACAAUGGUGCCCUUUCCAUUACAUCGAGUACCGUCUUUGCUUUGACCGUUACGAUUGCUGAAAAUGUUACACUUGUCACGUCCAACUUUGAAAUCGCGGGUGUCCAAACAACCAGUUUUGUCGGAUACAUUGAAUCGGAUAUUUCUAGUAUCCUCCAAUCUAGCAAUGGAGCAUUGACCUCGUUUUACGACUUUGAUUUGAACGGUCAGACAUUUGUCGUCAAUGCCACCGCCUUUUUCGGUAACGGUUUCAUCUCCUAUCUCAAGGUGUACAAUACCAAUCCCAACAACAACCUCCUUUUAUCCAAUGUCAAUGUCGACCAAUUCAUCUCGCAACCAGGUGUGGCCAAUGCCCUAUUCGUACUCGAAAUCCAAGGAACCACCAGUAUUGCCCAAUUCCAUGGUCAAAACGUUCAAGUCUUUAUCACUGGUGAAGGUAUUCUCGAUUUCUCCAAUGCCAAUGUCUUCCUUGGCACACAAGCCCAAAUAUCUGCCGUUGGCUCUGAUACUGCCCUCAUCUUUAACAAUACCCAACUUUCUGGUGGUUAUGUCAUCUCUCUUGCUUCUGAAGCUGUUGGCAUUAUCGCCGACUCUACUUUGGCCAUUCCAAUUUACGUCACUGAUCCACAGACCCAACUCCGUAUCUCUGGUAAUUACAGUGUCGUUACACAAAUCGAAGUUGUCAAUGGUGCCAACAUGGUCAUGUCAGAUGGACAAUUGUAUCUUUCCAAUUACCUUUAUGUAUGGGCUGCAUCUGAUUGUCUCCUCAAUCUCACCACCCUUGUUUCCGACCAAACCAAGACACCCAUCUUUGCUAAACAAGGUUUCAGAUUCUCAAGAGAUUCCAAAUUAGCUGUUCAAAGUCAAUCCAAGGGUAUUGCUCUUGGCACAGAUUAUUAUGCAUUCGUUUCACCUGCAACCAUUUCACUCACCGAAUUUGACUAUUAUCCCUCCAAUCCAAAUGUUCCAGCCACAAUGAAAAUUGCCUAUAUCAACACAAUUGAAUAUGUUGUUUUUAGUUUUAGUAGUAAAUAA